UGACCCCACCCCGGGGCGGGGGCUGGAGCGGGACAUUCCCGGUGUCCUCCAGCGACAGCCAGGGAGGUUGUCCGACCUCCUGCCGUCGGUGACAGCCUCCCGGGAGGUCCCCGUUGUCGCGGUUACCAGGAGACAGAGUCGCGUUCCACGGGCACAUUCCAGCUUCCGGGCCUGCUGGGAAGGCCCCGCACCUCCAGUGCACCUCCAGCCAUGGCGUAGCGCCUUGCCUCGGGCCAUUCCCGCCGCCAGGGGCCCAUUCCCAGAGCCAGGAUGCCGUCCCUGCCGCAGGACUCGCCCGCCGCGGGAUUGGGGACGGGGUUCCCCAUGGUGAGGGGCCCCCCCUCCGAGCUCAGGGAUUUCUACGUCACCACCUACCAGGCGGCCUUCGGGAAGAGGCCCACGGGGUCGCCCCAAAAGCUGAAGGAAGGGCGCGUUUUGGGGAUCGAGCCCCCCAGUGACAGGAGCAUCCGGCCCCUCCUCGGCGUCCACGCCGGCUCGGGAUACGUUGUCAACAACUACUCAUCGCUCAGAUCCCUGAUCUCCCCGCACGUGGAGCGCCAGGACACCGACGUGUCCACCACCUCCGAGGACUUCAAGGUCUUCGGGCGCCCGGAUUACCAAAGGAUGUUGCCCGAGCAUGUGGAUGAUCCGCAGUGUCCGUAUCCCACCGGCUUCUCCUUUUCCCGCCUCCGUUUCGGGGAGGUGAAAGCCCCGAAAGCAUCCGGGGAAUACGGCACCCAGAGCCACUGUGCCAGUCCUGCCAAGCCAGAUGUCCCACCGAGGGUAACGGAGCUGUCGGGCUGCACCGGGAGCGCCCCGAGGAGUGACCUCACCCUGCCAGAGCAGCCUGUGAGCCCCGUCCCCACCGUGUCCCCUGUCCCCCCGCCCCUCAGCACCCCAGGGGACACUUUUCCUAUCCCACAGCUUGAUGUCGGUGAUGGUCGGAUGGAUUCCUUUCCUGACAUGUGCAGCACUCCUGCAAUGGGCCAGCCUGCCCCCUUUGCCCCCCCGGAGCUCCGAGUGGGACCCAAGGGAGUCAUUGCCGUGAAGAAGCCACUGGCCUACAGCACUGUCCACAACAAGUUCCUGAACAAGCUCUCGCCGCUGGCCCCCGUAGCACCAGGUGAGUUUGUGGGGGGAUUGCAGCCCCCAGGAGGAGUGGACACUCCCCUCACCAAUCCCUCCUGGAUUUUCCAGGCUGGUGGGCACAGCCUCCAAUCACCUGGGCCCCGAGAUCUGUGGAGGGCAUCCAGAUCCCGAGUCCCAGUGGCUUCAGCACCAACAACCGCCCCACCAUCCUGUGGCGCGUCGAUGACCCCCUGACAUGACCCCCCAAAAAGUGCUGCUGCGCCCUGGGAAUCCCAUCCUCGGCUUUUCCCAAAUGCCCGUAGGAGGAAUAAAGACCCUGUGUGAUGCCA